UUGGAUAUUUACCAUAGGAUAUUAAGACAUAAGAAUUACAUGGUAGCUAUGAUCAACAAGUCCCUCUUACCCGUGCGACUCAAAGUCCCCAUUAUAGGAGAAGUCAUUUUCUUGACACGUGGAUUGAAAUACAAUAUAGAAUUAUUACUAUUUUGGGGACCAUGGUCGCCAUUCGAAAAUAAUUGGCAUCUAAAAGAGGAUUAUAAAAAACUGAAUAAAAGGCAAGAACUCGCACGAUCGUUAUCUAAAAACAUUCUAUGGGUCGGUAUCGCAAAUUUCGUCUUGUGUUUUCUUAUACUCCUGUGGCAGGUUCUGUAUACGUUUUUCAAUUACGCCGAGACUAUUAAACGGGAGCCAAGCGUUCUAGCAAUGCGGACGUGGUCUUUGUACGGUCGGUUGUACCUGCGUCAUUUCAACGAACUCGAUCACGAAAUGAACGCGCGUCUCAGUCGCGCGUACCGUCCCGCUUCAAAGUAUAUGAGCAGCUUCACGUCCCCGAUAAUGACAAUACUUGCGAAGCACAUUGCGUUCAUCACCGGUAGCGUAUUGGCGGUGUUACUGGUUAUAACAUUGAUCUACGAGCCGAUAUUCUCGAUGGAGCGCGUGGUUGCCUACAUGACCAUGCUGGGUGCGGUAGCGGCAGCCGCGAAGGCAAUCGUACCCGAUGAGAAUUUGGUUUGGUGUCCCGAGACUCUUCUAACUGCUGUGCUGGCCCAUACGCAUUACAGACCGGACAGUUGGCGAGGAACCGCUCAUACGCAUACCACCAGGGCCCAAGUGGCACAACUGUUCCAAUAUCGCGCGGUGCAUCUCCUAGAAGAGCUGGUUUCUCCAUUCGUGACGACGUACAUUUUGUGCUUCCGUAUGAGACACCGAGCCUUAGAAAUUGUAGAUUUUUUUCGUAACUUCACGAUUGAAGUAGCUGGAGUUGGUGACGUGUGUAGCUUCGCUCAGAUGGACGUACGUAGACACGGCAAUCCCAUGUGGCAGACUGUAGCGCACAGCCCCACAGUCUCUCCAAUACCGGACGAUCAUAGUGCGGGAUACGACAAUCAAUAUGGCAUCGGUCCAGACAAGUACCACGUGCCGAUGUCGAAUCAUUAUACCCAGGCCGAAGACGGCAAGACCGAAUUGUCCCUCAUACAUUUCACUUUGACGAAUCCCGAAUGGAAGCCGCCGUCCCACGCGGAAAAUUUCGUAACUGCUUUGAAAGAGAGGGCUAAGAAGGAAGUUACUGCCGAUCCUGAUCCUUAUAACAAUCCUCUGAUUGCUAGUUUGAACAGUUUAUCCGGUCUUGGCUAUAGAGAUCACGUGUCGAAUAUUAUUCGAAGCACGAUAAAUCAAGUGAGUGUACCUAGCAUGAGUAACAUAUUCACAAAUCAACCGGGUACAUCGGCCACAUCGGUCGGCGUCGAUCAAUCGUUUGCCACAAAGUCUACCGUUUUACGUCGAGGUGUGUCCAGGACGGAAGGUCCGUUGCACAAUGAUAAAGGAUUCCUAUAUGAUUUGCAGCAGGGUAUAUCGAAUCAGUCGCUAGGUGCUUCUGUAUUCGGAUCGGGCCACAGUUACGUUAUGGAGACGCAUACAGAUCCAUAUGUACCUACAGAAUUAACCGCUGCCGACAUGUCUUUGUCUACAUUGUACCUGCAUGAGCUUCAUCAUAGACAAGUAAGAAGAAGGGGUUACCAAGAAAUGGCAACGAGAAGUAUAUGGCAGCGAAGUCCGGUUCAAGAGCUAGCGUCACUUCCCGAGGUUAGACAAGAAAGAAUACCGCUCCUGUUGCAUCAAGAUUCCUCUUUAAGGAAAAAUAGAGAGUCCUAACCCUAGAAAUUUCAUUUAGAUAGCGUCUGAUUCGCGCAAUAACCAUCAUUUUUAGAAGAAUAAAAUGAUUUUUAUCUGUUUUAUUAUGACGAAUCCAUGAUUUAUUUUACAAUAAGUAAAUAGUCGCAAUAUAUCCGAGAGUGGAAUCGUCUGAUCAUCUCGAUAUUAUAUAGAGGUUAUAUGUCUUCUAAAUAUUUUUAAUUACACAGAAUGCAGAGAGAGCACAUGCUUCUUUCUGUCUCUUUCCCUCUCUCUCUCUUCUUUUUCUGUGUGUGGCCAACGAUCUAAUAACGCCUAUUUUUAAUAUCAAAGGCCUAUUUGAAAGCUUACAUUUUAUAUGUAAAAUAUCCACGUUUAACAUUAUUACAUUUUAUAUUUUGACAUAAUGAGCAAGACUCCAUAUAUGAGGUACAAUUGACUUAAAGGGUUAGAUCCAAUAAAGCAUUAAUAAAAACUUUUUGGCAUUUUUGUAAAAAAGUAAUCGAUAUAUAUAUUUUCUAGAUAAAUUCAUAAUUUUUAGUACCUUGCAAAUUCAUCAUUAAAUUGAUAUAUAGCUGUUUCUAUAAUGAAAGCAUCACAUUAUUUUCGGAAUUUAAAACGACAUGAUUUUGGAGCUUUUUUCUAAAUUACUGCAAAAUCUUUAUUGUUAUUUUAAUUCGAAUUAUGUAAAUAUCG